CAUACGGAGAGGGUAGACGUGUGGGUGAGAUAAGACUGAAAUAGUUCCCUCAAAUAUCGGACUGUAGGCUGUAGAGGGAGCUUUUAAAUAUUUUUUUUUACAUGAAACUUCAAUGUUGAUGGAUUUUAAGAUGGACGUGAUAAAACCCGUUUGCGCGACAUGAUUGAAAAGUAACGCUUCAGCAUUUGAUUUCUGGACAGCUCCUCUCCAUGCUGACAGAGUAGGCCAACUUGGAAGAGGAGUGAUUUGGUGAAUUAGAGGAGACCCAUCGGACUUUCAAUUUUGUCAUCUAAAAAUUGACCGGCAUUAUUAAGUACCCCUCACAUCCCUGCCAGAUGUUCCCUCGGCCAGAUGGGACCUUUACCGGAGCCCCUGCAGACAUUCCCUACCCACAAGCCAUACACACACACACACCUAAGCAAACAGACACACAAACACAGAUGUCAGAUGACAGGGCGUCGGGCAAUUUGUCUCUUUGGCCAUCUUCGCCAAUGUUCUCACCGGGGAACUCCUCCUUUAACUCCUCCCUUGCAACAUCAUCCAACGACUGGGAAGCUCCCGCGUUCACGGCCGCGGCCCGCGUCCGCGUGGCCGCCACAUUGGUACUCUUUGUAUUCGCUGCCUUCUCCAACCUUUCCGUGCUGAUCAGCGUGGCGCGGGGCCGCGGCCGCCGACUGGCCGCUCACCUCCGGCCCCUCAUCGCCAGCCUGGCCUCCGCUGACCUAGUGAUGACGUUUGUGGUGAUGCCGCUGGACGCGGCGUGGAACAUCACCGUGCAGUGGUACGCCGGUGACACCAUGUGCAAGCUGCUGUGCUUCCUCAAGCUGUUUGCCAUGCAUUCGUCCGCCUUCAUCCUGGUGGUGGUCAGCCUGGACCGCCACCACGCCAUCCUGCACCCAUUGGAUGCACUGGACGCGGAGCGCAGGAACAAGGGGAUGCUGCUGGUGGCCUGGGUCCUCAGCCUGCUCCUGGCCUCGCCACAGUUGUUCAUCUUUCGAGCAAUUAAAGCCGAGGGAGUGGAAUUCACUCAGUGUGUGACGCAUGGAAGCUUCCACCAACGCUGGCAGGAGACAGUCUACAACAUGUUUCACUUUGUCACUCUUUACGUGGUCCCCCUGCUAGUAAUGAGCUUCUGCUACACUCGUAUCCUAGUUGAGAUCAGCCGUCAGAUGCCCAAAGACAAAGGUGGAGAACCAUGCCUGAGGCGAAGCGGCACCGACAUCAUCCCAAAGGCACGCAUGAAGACCCUGAAGAUGACCAUUGUGAUAGUGGCGUCUUUCGUUAUCUGCUGGACUCCGUACUACAUUCUGGGCAUCUGGUACUGGUUCCAGCCGGCCAUGCUCCAGGAGACGCCCGAGUACGUCCACCAUGCCCUCUUUGUCUUUGGCAACCUGAACACAUGCUGUGACCCGUUGAUCUACGGCUUCUACACGCCGUCCUUCCGGGCAGACCUGGCUGAUGUGGUCGCCUGCUGCUGCAGAUCGCAGAACAUCUCCCCGAGGUCCCUGGACCACUUCGUAUGUCAGAGAGGCAGGGCAAGCGGAGAGGCAGAGUCAGACAACCCCAGCGGUGACCAACCGAGUUAACCUGAGCCUGAGUGGAACUGCGGGAUACAGACUCAUUUACUCCAUGACCUCUCUAGGGCCCGUUACCCACAACCAUGUUAAAACUACUCCACCAAAAAGGUGGUCGAUGGAGACAAGAUUGAAAGAGCUUGAUUUAGGCUUUGUCUGGAUCAAGAACACUGGCCCUUUGACAAUUUCAGGUGUCACAUCCAGCUAUGCAAAUCACAGAUAAUGAAAGAAAAGAUUCCAGCGCCCAUUAUACCUGUAUUUCCAAUAGGGUCUGGCCAGCUGUAAAAGGUAAAGACCUCCAGUGUCUAAGACUGGGGCAACAAGAAGCAGUUUUCACUCUAUUUUGUUUACAGUUCUCGGUUGCAAGUAGCAGCAUUUCAACUAAACCAAAGUUACAGCUUGGAGGGAGUUCUGAAAGAAUCAUGUAUCAGAAACCUUUGUUUUGGCUGUUGCUUUUAAGUAGUUGUACAAAGUUGGAAAGUCGCAACUAGUUGCAACCAACUUGCAGAUGAUCGUUAGGGUUAGGGUUACAUUAAAGAUGCAGUCUGUGAUUUUUUGGCGCUGGUUGUUGAAGUGGUGCUAUUGAGCAAAACAAGGUAACUGAAAUUGUGUACUAGGUCCUGUGUGCUUAUUUGUGCCCCAGGUCAUAAAAAAAAACAAUUGGAAACAAACUUGGAAUUUCAUGGCUAACCUAGGUAUAAUAGUGAUUUGUGCACAUGUCAACAACAUAUUACACCAUAAUACAACAACAUUCUACAAAAAAUAUUUUGUCAAUAGCCAAAGUCCCAGACUGCAUCUUUAAGCAAUCAAGUACCAUCUCAGAUGCACAAAUCAAAGUUAAAUCCAAGCUGCUGUGUGUAACGACAGCCUGUAACAGAAGACACAACAAAUUAAUUUGAACCAGACUCAAUGGGAAAAUAUCUAGCUAACUAGUGUUUUUCUUUUUAUAUUUCACCGCAUUGCUUUGCACAAUGGCUUUUCACUAUGGGAUUGCAUUGAAGACCCUGAUCGCAGUCACCCUAUUAUAAAAUGACAGAGUUUUAUCCCAUUUGGGUUCCAUUUUGUCUUCAGGUAACUUUUAGUUAGUAGCCAAACAAUGAACCGAAUUAUCCGUGAUUAUUCAACAGUAGAAAUAGGAAUGGCGAAUGGGAUUCUUUAAGGAAGUGUUCGUCGUGUUUAAAUGGGAGUAGGGAGUGAGCAGCAAAAGGCUAUGUUCUGCUGUCUGAAGUGCACAAAGGUAAAAAUGACAGGCAUUCUGGUUAUCUUACAUUAGGAAGUGUUACUGGCAAUGAUGUAAUACUGACAUUGUGUAUUUAGGGAGUAUGCAAGUACUGCACGUUUACUUCGCCUAGCUGAGAUCUUAGAGCAAAUCAAAUAUAGUAUGCAGGCUCCUUUAGUCAAGGGGAAUGCAAUAUGGGUGUCUGUGAUGUUAUCAGCUAACCUUGGUACAAGUCUCUUUGGCUUAAAUUCCCCUCCCUUUAGUCACUGUCACUAAGGGAUUGGAAAUCUAAACAAAAAGACACCAGUACUGAGACUACUUAUCAGCUAGAUGCACAAAACAUGCCAGUGAUUAGGAAACUGGUCAUAGUUUAAUGAGGAACAGAUUAAUGUAAAAGAUUGGUGUUUUAUGAAUGUCUUGUGUUCUCCUGUACUCCUGAUGGUCUCUAUAUUUAACUGUUGUCAUUACGUCAUUCAUGGCUUACAUAGUCCCCAGGAUUUCAUUGGUCCAGAUAUGGUUGUCUGGAUCCCGGAUGAUAGUCUGACAAUCCUCUAAUUGGUCUGUAUGAAGACGAAUCAACCCUAUCAGAUCUUCAGCAUUAAAGUUUGGCGAGUCAGCUUCUUUGAUUUUGCCAAAAUAAAUUACUCAAAUAACUACUUGGUGCUAUCUUAAAGAGGUAUUUGGUUUUUUAGCAUGUUAGACUUAAUUUCCCACUUACUUUUAAAGCAUCAUCCAGACAGUUUUGGUCACAUUAAAAUGUGUGCCUGCCCUAAUAAUGGAAAAACAGCAUUUCGCAGUAUUACUUACCCACCAGUGAAGAAAUUCAUGUGGAAAUCUCCGUAAUGUUAUGGAGCAAGAGAGGGGGCGAUUUUUUUGUUAGAUGUCAGGAUUGUCAAGUCUGUGUUCUUUUGGAAGUCUGUGGAAUCUGAGCAUCAUUAAACCGUAUGAAUGGCUACGGUGCUAUCCCUGAAGGAGGCACAGACAGUCCAGUGGUGAACAACAGCACCACAUCCAAUGGAUCUUCUCCUGGGCCUUCAUUUAGAAACUGCACACAUGUACAAAAUACACCCCAGGAUGUUGGUGUCCAAGCAAAUGCUGACAAAUGUUUUAAACCUUUUAGUCAUGGAACAGGCACUUAUACAGAGCACUUAUCUCUAGAUAGCUUGGUGGGACAAUCACACACCCGAGGGGGAAUUUUCAGUGUCAAUGAUAAAAUGAAAAAGUAUUAGGCUAAGACCUGCCAAACUUAAGACCAGGCAUGCACAAAUCCACUAGUGACUGAAAUGAGGGAUUGGAUAACAGUGUAUUCAUUUUGUCCAAAUUGCUUGUGGCUUGACCAUUAGAAAAAUAUAUAUAUAUAUUUUUAAAUUAUUUUAGGCAAAUAAUACUUUUGGUAUUUAUGGAACAUUCAACCAUCGGGUAGAGCAGCCUGAAGAUGGACAGACAUAAAAACCAGCAUAGCUAGCUAAUGUCAGCUGAGAUAUAUGAAACAGGGACACUGCUAACCGGUGCAGCACAUUCAAAUGAAUGUCUGAGUUUUCACAAAGAUGUAUCCAGCAUGAUUUCCGAUAGAGCUAGCUAACGUCAGCUAAGCAAUUACUUUCUUUUAGAAACUAUCUUGGACAAAUUCCAGUCUCAAAUUAUACACCAAAUAAAAGCCAGUAUGAUAAAUGGGAACAGGUCUGAUUUGAUCAGAAACAUUAUGUAUGGUUUGCAAUCAAGUUUAUUAACCCAUAAGGUAAUGACCUCACCCUCCCAAUGCUUCCAGUUCCAGUGUCAAUUAAUGGACAUCAUUUUGACCAAGUGACCAUAUAGACCCUGUUAAAAGAGCAUAUAGUUCCAUACUGCACUCACGUGUCUAGGUGGGCAUUAAAUUACAUCUAUAAAACCUGACAAUGGCUGCCUGGAUAUUCACUAUGAAUGCCAGUCUGAUACAACCUUGUCUUUGCUCUUUAUUUUCUGUGGGUAACUACUACUCUGUGUUUAUCCAAAAUGUUAUUGAAGCACGUAUUCAAAAUGCCCUAGUGUGCUUGAAGUCUUAAGUAUACUAAAGAAUAAAGUACUUGAUUUAUUCCCAGCAUAUCUGUUUUAUGCUAUUACUUGUAGAAUGUCCUUACAAAUGUGAAGUGACCAAAAAUGCAAAUGCAAGGCAGACAAUGGAAACACUUAACUGUGUGCCGUAAUAUUAAUUUAAACUUUUUCAAUAUGGAAUGUUGCAAAUUAUUAUUAACUAAACCUCGCUGUCUAUACAGUUCCUAUAUAGUUAAAGUCCAAUGUCUACUGAAGCAUGUUUACAGUGGUGAAUGAAUGUUUUUCCAGAAGAUCUAAAGCCUUGCAGAUCUUUCAGUUUUCUGAGGGUAGUAAAUGCUGUUUUCAUCCAGGCCUUUUUGGGGCACUACUGAAAACUUUGCUUCCCUUCCUGGCCUGCUAUUGACUACCCGCUUUUUGUUAAUGUCACUUAUCUGCAAAUGCCACUAUUAAGAAACAAGCAAAAACAUAACACAGAUUCAAUAGUCCUUAUUGUAUCAGAUUCUAUUUAUCAUUGUAAUGUUGCUGGGUUGUUUCUUUUUUUCCCAAAUUAAACAAUACCUUAAAAGAUGUCCAAAUCAGCAAAUUUUUCUGAUUGAUUGAUAGUAAUCGAUGGUGAUGCUUGAUUCUACCAACCAGCAGAUGUUAUAAGUCCCAUAUAAUGUGAAAGCCAUUUCAUGAUCUGACAACAUUCUAUUAAAUGUGGUCUAUUUUACAAUCAAUACAACAUGCAGACAUAAUAAUAUUGUUUUGCAUUCUGUUUG